CCAAACUGCGAAGUUCACGAGCAAACUUUCGGUGCCUCGUCAAACGAGAUCUUUAUACUUAUCUUUUGCUGUAUCGUUAUCAAAUCGAAUAACUGCAAAAUGUCUGCGAUACCGUUGCUGUUCUCCGACUGGUGGGAGGAUUUGGACCACCCGCACCGUCUUCUGGACCAAAACUUCGGUUUGGGCCUCUAUCCUGAUCAAUUGCUAAUGCAAUGUCCGUUGCGUCUACCAAGCCGAAGGGGCGGUUCCUACGUCAGACCAUGGACCGAGUUAGUUCGUUCUGGGGAGGAGGCGGCAGGUUCCUCGACCGUCGAGGCGGACAAGGACAAGUUCCAGGUGGUGCUCGACGUACAGCAAUUCGAGCCGAACGAGAUCGACGUUAAAGUCGUCGACAGAUUCGUCGUCGUUACGGCGAAACACGAAGAGAAACGGGACGAACAUGGCUGGGUAUCCCGACAGUUCAUGAGAAAGUACCUGAUUCCUGAGCAAUGUGAUAUCGACCAAGUCUCGUCCAAGCUGUCUUUGGACGGUCUACUUACUAUCAACGCACCGAGGAAGGCUCAGCCGAAAGCGGAGAACGAGAGGGUAAUCAAGAUCACGUUCACCGGCAAACCGGCGAUCCAGGGCAGAGCACAACAAACGAAGCAGGAGAAGCAACAGGGCGAGAAGGAGAAUAAGGAAGAGAAGAAGUGAAGAUAUUUCCUCGCCAAUAUCUGCCAGUAUAUUAAUAUUCCUAAUGGUUCCUUCAUAUUCCUAUUCGUUAUAGUCGUUAUUCAUCGUUAUCUACGAUUAAAUUCGUAUUAUAGCAUUUUCUCAUUGUCACAAAAUCCAUGCAUUUCAAUAUUAAAGUAAAACAUACAUAUUGUUUAUCAUAAAUAUCGUAUUUUCGUUUGAAAUAUUUGUUGGAAUAAAAUCUGUGUUCCAAUAUAUUAUGUGUACCUACUCAUUAUAUGU